GUACAUGACCCGAUUUGUCGCAUAACAUCAAACCUACUGCGAUCCAAAUCUGUAAUCUUCUCACGAUAUCCCUCGUAUUGAACGCUUGUACCACCGUCCGCAUCGUGACGGACACUAAGCACACGCUGUCCCGCUGUUGUGGCAGCAUAGCUCGAGACCACGAGAAACGUCCAGACACGAAGUGGAAGAAGCAGGAGCAGAAGAAGAACGUCCAGGCGUCAAUGGGAGGCAUGGAGUCGGAAAGGGCCUUAGACGAGUCCGAACCGCACCACGGAGGAGCAGCCCACGAAGACGAAUCGGAGGAAACAACUCGGAUUCUUACCGCUGCAGCUCUGUUCGGGUUCGUCAUAGUUGCAGGUGGCGCGGCGAUUUUGUUUCUGCGACGCCGGCCGGAUGAGCCACCCACGAGAUCCACAGAGUUCCCAGUGCCAAUUCCAUCGUCGACUAUGUCAGUCUCACCAACGGAACCAUCAACAGUUCAGCCCACAAACGUUACUACGGUAUCCCCUGGUACUGGCAACGCAUCUACUCCUGGACCACCUGCCAUACCUGAAUUCAAUACAUUUACUUGCGAUCCAGCGUAUUACUACACCUACUACAUGGAUCGCCGAAGGGGCUUUCUCAUUAUCGGUGCCAAAGACACGUUGUACAAGUUACCACUAAAUAACAUCAACGAUACCGUGUGCGGGGGUUUAACAAAGUCCGCCGAUGGGCCAUCCCGUAGCAACUGCCUAGGGCAACUCCAACAAGAGAAGGUGUGCCACAACUACAUCAAGUUCAUUCUGCCAUUGAAAGAAGGAAGCACGUUGUUAGUCUGUGGCAGCAACGCUCGCAGUCCGGCGCAUUUCGAAGUAUACGCUGACGCUUUCACGGUGGUUCCGGACCUGUUGACCACACUGCCUCAUCAGGCUGAGGGCAUAUGCUCUUCCGAAUAUUUUUGCCAGGAUCUCGGUCUGUGGGUUGGUACUGACCUGUUCACCGCGACGGCUACUGAGGGCAACGCGAAUAAGCAAACAAUAUUGAGGACACGACUUAUAAGGAAUGAUACAUCAUCCACAUCGUAUCAGACCGACCUUGAUGUGAUUUCGACACAUGGUGCUGAACUCUUCAUGAAAGAGGCAGAGUUCAGAGGGAUGUUUGCGAUUGGAGAGCACGUAUACAUAUUCUUCCACGAGGUUCCGCUAGAAACAGGAUCUAAAUCAUCUUUGGUCAGAAAGGUGUAUUCACGUAUCGCUCGUCUGUGCAAGAAUGAUAGAGGCGGCGGACAAGCCAAUUCCUGGACAUCAUUCCUCAAAGUUCGGCUCACUUGUGUAUUGGCCGAGGCGCAUGUCAAAUACUUCGAUUUUCUCGAAGGUAUUUAUAACAUUCCCGGGGAAGACAUUAUUUACGGCAUCUUCAGCAACCGAUUCACCGGCGAAUUUGCGAUUUGUUCGUUCCAACUAUCCAAUAUUACUGAUGCAUUCAACGGGACAUUCCUGAAACCACCGGACCCGACAAUUUACCCAGAUGGGAAGUGGAUUGAUGUAGAUGAAGCUGAUGUCCCCCAGCCGCGUCCAGGACAGUGCGUCAGCGAUUCGCGAACGCUGCCUGUGGACGUGGUCUCCUUCAUUGAUGACCAUCCCCUACUCGCAACUGUUAUCCAGGGUGAUGCUUCUUAUGUCAGCGGUCAGAUGGUGGCUAUUGCCGUCGUUAAGGUGAAGGUUGGUGGAACAUCCUAUUCUGUCAUCUACACUGGUGACCGCGAUGGAAUAAUCUAUCAAAUAGUUGAAAAGAACCCGCAGACAAAUAAUGUCUCUGAACUUGUGGACACGUUUCCAGCCUUUAUCAAAGAACCCAUUUGGAAGAUCGACAUAUCCAAAGAGCACAAUUCGCUCUACGUUUUUUCCGAGCAUGUUGUCAUGCAGUAUUCCCUUUAUGCAUGCAGCGAUCGCUACAGGGAAUGCUCAAAGUGCGUCAGGAAUCCAUUCUGUGGUUGGCAUGCGGCACUGUCUGUUUGUAGGCCUUAUAUCGACAAGUUAGCACCCCUUCGACUUGUAUUGCAGAAGGCACUAACGCGGCAUUCACUUUCAGACCUGGAGCCUCCGGUGAUGCUACUUUACCCAGGGACUACAUAUCGGACCCUCAGUCAAGAACCUGUCGUCCUUGAGGCAUCCCAGAGCUAAGGACUCCGAAAAAUAAUUAAAAACCUCAGAACAGC